AUGUUCACUUUAGAAGGAGCGUCAACAUCCCAAGAUCACAGUAUGGAGCCAUUUGACACAAAACCCGAGUCCAACGAGGGCUGUCCCGUGUGUGGAGACAAAGUUUCAGGAUACCACUACGGCCUGCUCACCUGCGAGAGCUGCAAGGGCUUCUUUAAGCGCUCUGUGCAGAACGACAAACACUACACCUGUGCAGAAGGACAGAGCUGCCCCAUGGAUGUCUCCCAGAGGAAGCGCUGCCCUUACUGCCGCUUCCAGAAGUGUCUAGCGGUGGGCAUGAAGAAAGAAGCAGUGAGAGCGGAUCGUAUGAGAGGCGGCAGGAAUAAAUUCGGGCCUCUCUACAGGCAAAUGAAAGAACAAAAAGUGCAACCCCAAGCAAACGCUGCCCCCUAUAGGAUCAAAAUGGAAGUAACACAAAGGCUAUGGCCUCCCGCUGCGAGUGACUGUCCGCUCAUGUGCAACCACACAAGCGCUACGGAUUCUUUCCAUCAACCUCACAUGAUGUAUCCCUCUGAAAUGGGGUUGUCUGGUGCGCACUUACCUUUGAGUGACGACAACGUGGUCCCGCCUCUGCCGCUUCCCUACGCCGGACCGCAUCACCAGACAUAUCUUCAGGAGGAAAGACAAACACCUUUGAGUUACAGCCCGGCUCCUUCACACUACCCACCGCACCGAACCCCCAACAACUCCUACUCCCCAUCUACGUCAUCAUCGUGCUCCACACCAAACUCUACCAUCCCACUCACGCCGCCUCCCGACCCAGCUAAUGCUUCCACUUCUACCAGCUCCACCAUGCAAGCAUGCAGCUUUCUAAGCCAACUCCUGGAAGGCGAGCAGGAUGAGGGACGGCUGUGUGCUAAAGUAGUAGCAAGUCUACAGAGGGAACAAGCAAACCGAGGCAAACACGACUGUCUGAAUACAUUCAGCAUCAUGUGCAAAAUGGCCGACCAGACAUUGUUCAGCCUGGUGGAGUGGGCCAGGAACAGCGCACUCUUCAAGGAGCUGAAGGUGGAAGACCAGAUGGUUCUACUGCAGAGCUGCUGGAGUGAGCUGCUGGUUCUCGACCACCUCUGCAGACAGGUGACCUAUGGAAAAGAGGGUUGCAUUUAUCUUGUCACAGGACAACAGAUUGAGCUGUCGACCAUCAUCUCUCAAGCUGGAGCCACACUAAGUAGCUUGGUGACCAGGACGCAGGAUCUGGUGUCCAAACUGAAGGUCCUCCAUUUUGACAGACAUGAGUUUGUCUGCCUUAAAUACUUGGUGCUUUUUAACCCUGAUGUGAAAUCCGUGCAGAGUCGCAGGCAAGUGGAGCACACUCAGGAGCGAGUGAACAGGGCGCUGAUGGAACACACCCAGCGAACUCAUCCGGGACAUUCGGAUAAAUUUGGCCAGUUGCUUUUGCGGCUGCCUGAGGUACGCAGCAUCAGCCUGCAAGUUGAGGAAUAUCUUUACCAGCGCCACCUGCUGGGCGAUUUGCCCUGCAACUCUUUGCUCACAGAGAUGCUGCACACCAAACACAGCUGAGAACAAAAUAACAAGAAAGCUGCAGGUUUUUCCUUUGGAUGUUUACAAGUAUGAGACUGUAAAGUAAACAAUUGCACUGAAACUGACUGCACAAGUGGACUCUGAAAAAAAUGUAAAUAAAAUUGAAAAGCUCACAUGAACAAAUAUGACAAUGAUUUAAAAAUGAUUUUUAUUCUGGACCUGAUGCAAGGAGAGCUGAUGAAUGACAAAUGACAAACAUACAAGUACUGGCACAGAUUGGAUGACACAAAACAUAAAAUGUUAUGACAU